GCCAACCGCCGCCUGGGCAACGUCCGCGGCGCGCCCUUGUCGCCCCCGGGCCGCCGGCCCCGCGUGUCGGCCGCCGGGAGCCCCGAGCGCCGGGAGGAGCUGCGGCGCCGCCUCGUGAGCCUCAUCGAGGGCAACCGGGUGAUGAUCUUCGGCAAAAGUUACUGCCCGCACUGCACGCGGGUGAAAGAACUCUUUUCGUCUCUGGGAGCUGAAUAUAAUGCCUUGGAGCUCGAUCAAGUUGAUGAUGGGGUCGGCAUUCAAGAAGUUCUGACGGAGAUGACCAAUCAGUCAACGGUGCCCAAUGUUUUUGUGAAUAAAGUUCACAUGGGUGGAUACGAUCGAACUUUGCAGGCACACCAGAGUGGUCUGCUGAAGCAGCUCCUCCAAGGAGAGGCAGGGUACGACUACGACCUCAUCGUCCUGGGCGGCGGUUCCGGGGGCCUUGCAUGCGCUCAGGAAGCUGCUGUUUUGGGCAAGAAAGUCCUGGUGCUGGACUUCGUGGUCCCGACCCCCCAGGGCACGUCCUGGGGUCUUGGCGGGACGUGUGUCAAUGUGGGCUGCAUCCCGAAGAAACUGAUGCACCAGGCCGCCCUUCUGGGACAGGCACUCACUGACUCAAGGAAAUAUGGCUGGGAGUAUAGCAAGCAAGUGAAGCACAACUGGGAGGUGAUGACCGAAGCCAUCCAGAACCACAUCAGCUCUCUGAACUGGAGCUACAGGCUAUCUCUGAGGGAGAAGGCCGUGACCUAUGUCAAUGCCUUCGGGGAGUUUGUCGAGAGCCACAAAAUAAAGGCAACCAACAAAAAAAGACAGGAAACCUUCUAUACUGCUGCGAAGUUUGUCAUAGCCACCGGGGAAAGACCGCGGUAUUUAGGGAUCCAAGGAGAUAAAGAAUACUGCAUCACCAGUGAUGACCUUUUUUCUCUGCCUUAUUGCCCCGGCAAAACGUUAGUGGUGGGCGCCUCGUACGUGGCCCUGGAGUGUGCGGGAUUCCUGGCUGGGCUCGGCCUAGAAGUCACCGUCAUGGUGCGCUCCAUCCUGCUCCGCGGCUUUGACCAGGAAAUGGCGGAGAAAGUGGGUUCCUACAUGGAACAGCACGGUGUUAGGUUCUUGAAACGGUUCGUUCCUGUCUCGGUUUUGUUAGCAAUUGGCCGUGACGCCUGCACCAAGAAAAUAGGUUUGGAGAAGAUUGGUGUCAAAGUCAAUGAAAUGAACGGCAAGAUCCCAGUCAAUGACAUGGAGCAGACCAGCGUGCCUCACGUGUACGCAGUGGGGGACGUGUUGGACGGCAAGCUGGAGCUCACCCCUGUGGCCAUCCAGGCGGGCAAGCUGCUGGCCCGGAGGCUCUUUGGGGGCCGCUCAGAAAAGUGCGAUUAUAUCAAUGUCCCAACAACAGUUUUCACGCCUUUGGAAUACGGCUGCUGUGGGUUAUCUGAAGAGAAGGCGAUGGAGAUUUAUAAAAAAGACAAUCUGGAUGUGUAUCACACUUUGUUCUGGCCACUGGAGUGGACCGUAGCCGGCAGAGACAACAACACCUGUUACGUCAAGAUUAUCUGCAACAAAUUCGACAACGAUCGGGUGGUAGGAUUUCAUCUUCUUGGGCCCAACGCUGGUGAGAUCACCCAGGGCUUCGCGGCUGCGAUGAAAUGUGGGCUGACGAAGCAACUCCUGGACAGCACCAUCGGGAUCCACCCGACGUGUGGAGAGAUAUUCACGACGCUGGAGAUCACCAAGGCCUCCGGGCUCGACAUCCUGCAGAAGGGCUGCUGAGGUUAGCCCCGCUGCCGCCAGCUCCUCGUCCCGGGUCUCCCCAAGACGAGGCUCGGGGGCGUCGGGUCUGCCCAUGGCCCCUGCCGCGGUGGCCGGGCCCCUGGGCAGGCUCCCCCGGAGCACGGAAGAGAGACGAGGGACCAGGGAGAGGACAGCAGCGGGCACUGCCCACGGCCCAGCCGCCGCCACCGGGGAGGGGCAGCCCCUGCCUCCUUGACGUCUGAGCUCUGAACCCCCCUGCGGGGCGAGCUGAGACCGACCCUCCUCUGCGCUGUGGACCCCCUUCUUCCCCCCAUCGCCGGUGUGGCUUCCCCGGCUUUGUUGUUGCCUGAGACGGACUCUAAAGUCGCCUCCCCUUGUGCGUGGAUGCUGGCUGCGGGGGCCCAUGCGCCCCUCCAGGACUCUCCUGGCCCCCCCGCCCCGCGCACCAGCU